AUGGCAUACAAGGAAGAAAGGAAAACAAGCAUGCACUUGGGACGCAUUCAACAAGGGAAAGAUGAGUCUUUACGAAGCUAUGUUAAACGCUUCAAUCUGGAAGCCGGACAGAUACCAGAUCUGCCCGAUGGCGUCUCCUUUGAUAAUUUUAUCAGAGGCUUGAAGAAGGGAUCAUUCAAGUUUGACUUAGUUAAGAAAAGUGUGAGAACGAUGGCAGAAGUCUUGGACGAGGCCGAAGCCUUUAUUCAUGCAACAGAGAUAUGCAGUGCGUCCAGAGAUGGGAAGGCUGGAGAGGCCACAGACUCCUCGGGGAAAAAAGAGAAGAUGGACAGGAAAGUCCCACGAGUUAAUGGUACUUGGGCUCUUUCGAAAGAGCAUGAUACCAAUUCUCCCGGACAAAAGAGAGGACGGCUGCAAGAGAGAGAAUAUUUUGAAUACAAUACAGACCUUCUCACAAUCCUAGUGGACGUAGGGACCAGGUUCGACCUUGAACGGCCCUUUCCAAUGAAGUCUCCUGCUGAGAGUCGAGAUCCUAAGCUGUAUUGCCAGUUCCACGAAGAUAUAGGUCAUGACACCAAGGAUUGCAGAAGCCUGAAGAAAGCCCUGGAUGGCCUAGCUUCCAAGGGGCACCUGAAGAACUAUCUCCAAAGAAGCACCCACAGCACGGGAAAAAACCAGUACAAGAAAAACAAGUCACCUGUCUCAGCCACAGAAGGAAAUCACAGCGAAGGGGGAUUUGUAGCCGUCAUAUCAGGAGGACCAGCUGCUGGAGGACCCACCAUGAGGGGACAUAAAGAUUAUGCCCACCGUCUAGGUCAAGUAAUGUUAUCAGGGAAGUCACCAGUGGAUCCAUUCCCUCGGAUAGAAAUAUGUGAAUCAGAUGGAGGACGUGUAGCCACUCCGCAUGACGACCCUCUUGUGGUCGAGAUCAAAAUCUCCAACAUGAGAGUAAAGCGCAUCCUGAUAGAUACAGGAAGUUCAUCUGAUAUAAUGAGCAUGAAGUGCCUAAGCCGUCUAGCUCACGACCCUAAGACCAUCGGGAGCAUCCACUACCCUAUCAUUGGCUUUGGAGGAAGCAUCAUACACCUGGUGGGCGUCAUCACCUUACCAGUAUGGAUAGGAGGACGUAAUGAUGGACGAAAGAUGGGUGUGGACUUCUUAAUCUUCAAAGAUUUGACGGCUUACAAUGUCAUUUUGGGACGUCCCACUCUGAACAAGAUAAAAGCAGUGGUCGUCACCCAUCUCAUGCUCAUGAAGUAUGUGUGUGACGAUGGAGCAAUCGGGACUAUACAUGGAGAUCAACAGCAAGCCAAAGACUGCUACCUCACAACUCUUAACCCCUCAGCAUGGAGGAAGGACCCGGCCAGGAUCAAAGGCAAUAGAAAGUAUGAAGAAGAGCCACCAACAGCUAGCGAGAGUAUCCCAGUUAAGAUGAAGAAAAGUGGCUAA